AUGGGCGGCAUCAAUAUGGGUUUGGGCUUAGUAUAUUCUUCCUUUACUCUUACUCCAAUUACAGAUAGAUUUGGCUUAACAAAAACAGAGUCCACAAUGUUUAAUGUGGUUGGAUAUUUGUGCGCAAUGAUUGGCUCUAUAUUCAUUACACCAUUUGUAAAUCGUUUUGGCAAGAGAUGGACUGGCUUUUGCGUGGCCAUCUACGGAAUUAUAGUAUGGAUUGUACUUGGUUUAUCACAAAAUAAGCCAAUGGUAUUCGUUUUUAGAGGUCUAACGGGUAUGACUAUCGGUUUGUACUCAACAAUCACCCCAUCUUUCAUUGCAGAAGUUGCCCCAGCUGGCAAAAAGAAUUUAUUCGGAUUUAUGAACCAAAUUGGCUUUGCAAUUGGCUUCCUCACCGUAACUAUCUUAGGCGCUUUAAUUAGCUGGAGAUAUACCUCAAUAAUUUGCUGCUUCCCAUCAGUGAUCAUAGCUUGCGGAAUUUUGUUCAUACCCGAGCAAGAAAACAAAGCAAUUAAAGUAUCUAUUGGUCAAGUUUGCAAAUAUAAGAAGGAAUUAUUAAUUGCCUUCUUAUGCAUGUUCUUUUUACAGUUUUCAGGUAUUAAUGCUGUUAUGUCUAACAUGCAGAUCAUCAUUACUAAUGCCAAAAUUAACAUAUCCACAAGUGUUGUUGGCAUUUUAACAAAUAUUGUCCAAUUAAUCGCUACUUGCAUUUCCGCAGUUGUUGUUGAUAAACUUGGUACAAUAGCAUGCUGGAUUACAUCAGCUUCGGGUCAGUUAAUCGCUUUCCUCUUACUUUGUUUGCAUCAAAAGUGCGCUUUACCAUCUUGGGUCUUCAUGAUUGGACUUUUCUUAGAACAAUUAUCAUACGGUAUUGGAACAGGACCAAUUCCAUUCGCUACAGCUUCAAAUAUCUUCAGAGUUGAACUUCGUGCUACAGCCAUGUCAAUUUCUGGUGCAGAAAACUGGGGAUUGGGAACUCUGGUCGUCUUAAUUUGGCCUUAUCUUGAAUCUGGAUUGACUUUGGGUUAUGCAUUCCUUUUCUUCCUCGGAAUUCAGAUUCUUUCAAUUAUUUUUGGUUCAAUUGUUUUCAGAAAGUCAACAGAAGCCAAAGACACAGCUGCCACAGAGGAAGAGAGCAAUUCUUAUGACGAAGAAACAGAGAAUAUGAAGAGAAAAUUAUCAUAUGCUGGAGUUAUACCAGAACUUUAA